AUGUCAAACCGACGGGCAGGCGACUGCCCAGAGGAGGUUGCCGACUAUAUGCCAGGCAAUGAUCUCCCCUUUGCACUUCCAACAUCAUUCGCCGCCUAUAUGACAGGCGAACGUUUCAGACUCAUGGCACUAGAGUGGGGUGAGAUGGGGGUGAGUUUAUUAGAUUUGAACUUGCAGUCUCCAAUUCUUAUAUCGAGAAAUGGAACGGCUGCCGAAGAUGAGACAAAAGUAUACAGUUGA